UUAAACCUGUUCGUUUACAAAAAAUAAAUAAAAAUACUCCCACAAUGAGUCAAAGGUUGAGAACAGGUUGGAAUAAAAUGUUUAAGUCCAGCACUGCAGAAGACAGCGGUUCAGAUAAAACUUCAGCAAAGGAUAUUGAGCGUUCUUCUGAUGAAGAUUCACGGUCUGCUGAUCACGCAAUUAUUUGCCAAGCACCGGGCGAAGGCGCGUGUGAAAUUACCGGGUGCGUUGUUUUGCAUCCCAAAGGCAUUGUUGUAGCCGACCGCUGGAACAUGUCAUUGAAACUAUUGAGCACAGACGCUUCCAAGCCCGAAGUUAUAAGCUGCCGGAAGCUGAAAUGCAGCCCCUUUGACUUGACACUGACCCCUGGGGACAAGAUCGCUGUAACUGUUCCAGAGGAGAUGAAGAUCGUGUUUGCGUCUAUUCAGAAGGAAGAGCUUUCUUUUUGUGAUGCGCCUGGUAUGAGGAAGAGAGUUGGAUUCGAUUUGUUUUACAAGUGUUAUGGGAUAAAAUGCAGCGACCGAUAUAUAUAUGUUGUUAUAGAAAAACAAAGAGUAGAUCAACUUUUGAUGUUGGAUGUAGACAAUGGCUCCACUUUGAAAGCCUUUUCAAUGCAGCAAUAUCGGGGGUUACGAUACGUGACAAUUUUUCAUGAUAUCAUCUAUAUGACGUCUGAUUCCGGCGUUUUGCGAUUUAAAAAGGAUAAAGGGACAGAUGAUAUAAAGGUUGUUGAGAGGGAGAGAUUUUCACACGGCAUCAUCGAAGUCGACGGCGACAUCAUUGUCUGCAAUAAGUCCAGGAACAGUGUUCACACGGUUUCCCAAAGUAAAUUGGCUUGCUUCGCUGGUAGAAGGGAGCUCCUGGCGAUUCCGAAGCCCCUGGCAAUUUGUUACUGUCCGGACACAAAGAGACUUUUCGUUUCUCAGUCAAGAGAGAGUGGGAUUAGUGCAAACGUGUUGACUGUUUGUCAGAUGAAGAAGAUAAUGUAAAUCUGCAACACAUGCAUAUGACGUGAAUGACUUUUUGUAUGGCCAUCUUUCCAGAGUUACUGUCUAACCUAAUUAAAAGAGUGUAGUAAAUUUACUUAUCCAUGUAUAAACUGUAUUUGCAUGUACUUACUGCUUUUAUUUCCAAUGUAAAAGGGGACUUAUAAUAUAUGAAAUAGCAGUUGAGUUUAUUCGUCGUUAAAACGUUUUGAUAUAAUUGAGAUGUUAUGAA